AUGCAACAUCUAGACCCCCAUCAGCGGCCUCCAGACAGCAUCAAGGAUGUCUACAAGAAGUACCAGAAGAUGAAGUGGAACGACCUGGACCAGGACCCAGACAUUGUAGACCUGCCAGAUGACACGCCUACGUCAGCCAAGGACAAGGUUCGCAUAGUCGAAGAGUGGAGCAGCGAGGACUUGACCGCUGCUUUUCGGGCAUUUAGCGGUCAGGAAAGGCUAAUCUACGCUGCGCUACCCUCGACGAUACCAGUGUACGAGCACGCCGACAUGCCAGGCCUGCACAUCAUCCCCAAUCUCCUCCCUCCUGAGAUCCAAGCCCUCCUCUUGUCACGCCUCCUCCACCGCGACCUCUCCAACCCAGCGCAUCUCACAAACAUCCACACGCACUACAAACUCUCAUACCCCCCUCCCACAGCCUCAUCCUCAACCCCAUCCUUCUUCACCCAGCCACCCACAAGCACAUGCUCCAUCGCCCACCCCCACGAUCCCACGAUCCACAAACCCCUCACGACCCCCCAACUCCUCAACAAGAAAAUGCGCUGGACCACCCUCGGCGGACAGUACGACUGGACCUCGAAGCACUACCCCCCGACACCUCCCCCGCCCUUCCCACCCGACAUCAAGAACCUGCUCGAGCGCAUCUGGACACACACGCGCGCCGAAGCCGCAAUCGUGAACCUGUACUCGCCCGGCGACACGCUGAGCGUGCACCGCGACGUAGCCGAGCGUGCAUCCCGGGGUCUGAUCUCCGUAUCGUUGGGGUGUGACGCUGUGUUUGUUAUCGGCACGUCUCCAUCUUCAAAUCCAACCCCAUCUCCGUCAAACGCCGCGGACAAGAUCGUCGCCCUGAGAUUGCGCAGCGGCAGCGCCGUGUACAUGAGCGGACAGAGCCGGUUCGCAUGGCACGGCGUCCCGCAGAUUGUGCGGGGCACGUGUCCCGAGUAUCUCGCGGACUGGCCUGCCGGGAGCAGCAGCAGUGAAGAAGAGUUUGAAGCGUGGAGGGGGUGGAUGGGGGGCAAGAGGGUGAAUUUGAACGUGCGACAGAUGUGGGAGUGA